GAUGAAGCUACGUAUUUUCUUCAUAUUAGUUCUCCAUCUUUUCUCAAAAUAUGAUUCGAAAAUUGUAUCGACAGAGCCGUUUAAGAUAUCUACUCGAAGAAGCAUCUUGUCCCCGGAAAAAGUCUUUGUGUUUGGUUUUUUUAAACCGUCAACAACUUCCGGAGUAGCUGACCGCUGGUAUCUGGGAAUAUGGCACCACAGGUUUCCUCAGGAAGUCGUAUGGGUCGCCAAUAGAGACAACCCAAUCUCGAAGCCCGUCAGAACCCUCAAAAUCUUGGAUGCCAACCUGGUACUCCUUGAUCGACACGGUACCCGCGUCUGGUGGACCAAUAGGACUAGCACAAAUCUCACGAAAUCACUAGUGAUUGGAGAGCUUCUUGAUAGCGGAAACCUCGUGUUAAGAUACUUCGACGACAAUUCAUCAACUGGGUGUUUGUGGCAAAGUUUCGAUUUCCCAACAGAUGCUUUAGUCUCCAAUAUGAAACUAGGGUUUGAUGCCAAAUCGAACAUAAAUAGGGUCUUGAAAUCUUGGAGAAGCUCUGAUGAUCCGUCAUCAGGAGAAUUCACCUAUGGAGUGGAACGUCAUGAGCUCGUGCAGAGUAUCAUUAGGAAGAAGGGUAUGCCAACAUUUCGGAGUGACCCAUGGAAGAUUACAAAUGAGAGUGGAAAUUUCACCUACGUGACGUACACCAUUACCGCAACCAAAGAAGAGGCCACAUAUUUCUUCACUAUCACUAAUAAAACCUUCUUCUCCAUAUUGAGAUUGUCUGUUGGUGGCCGGUUGAACCGGUCAACGUGGAUUCCAAAACCACAACAAGUGUGGAAACGCGUAGAGCGUAUUUUACCGCAUGAUGCAUGCGGGUUAUACAAUAAAUGUGGACCUAACGGUAUAUGUGACACAAGCAGAUCACCAAACUGCGAUUGCAUUCACGGAUUUGAGCCGAGAGACCAAGAAGCAUGGGGUUUUCAAGACUGGACAGGUGGGUGUAUGAGGAGGACUCAGUUGAAUUGCUCUGGAGAUGGGUUUGAGAAGUUUAGGAAAAUGAAGUUGCCGGAUACUACAAAGUCUAUUGUGGACAUGACUAGUGGGUUGAAGGAAUGCAAAGAAAAGUGCAAUAGGAAUUGCAAUUGUACUGCAUUUGCUAACCCGGAUAUGCAAAAUAGCUGUGUGAUUUGGGUGGGAGAAAUCCUCGAUCUUAGGAAGAACAUGAUUGCCGGUCAAGAUCUAUUUGUUAGAUUGGCAGCCACUGAUAUCUGUAAGUGA